GUUAAGUCGGUUAAACAGCAACAAUGCGUUCCCUCGUGAUCCUUUCCCUGGCUUUCACAGUUGCCUUGGCAGCUGAUGAGUUCGUGAGCACAACAGUGCAACCGAUCAGCCGCGCCACAGCAUCAGCCUCGGUGACCACAUUCAACCCUUACGCGUUCUACACUAACCGCUACAACCCAGUACAGCCACAAUACAACCCCGCACGCUACGAAGCCGGCCGCUACGACCCUGGCCGCUACGACCCUGGCCGUUACGACGCUGGACGCUACAAUGCUGGCAAAUACGACAACUCUGGACGUUAUAUUCCAGACAACUCUGGUGCCUACAAUGGUGACCGUGGAGACCGCGGAGACCGCGGCGGUGCUGGCGGUGCCUACGUUGGCAACAAGGAUGUCAUUGUCCCAUACAAACCCGAAAAUACGCCCGUUUCCAGCGUAACCAUCAACGGUAUCGUCGAGCCUGCUCCCACCGUCCCAGCCGUGCCCGCAACCAGUGCACCAGUCUCUGAGGUCCCCGUCACCACCGCGGCCCCCGUCACCGGCGCCCAGCCCGAACCCGUCCCAGUCUCCACCGCUGUCCCCGUCACCACCGCUGCCCCCGUCACCACCGCUGCCCCCAUCUACAUCUCUUCGACCCCCGUCUACGUUAGCUCUUCGUACAAACCCAUCUACCAGCCAGUUGCUCAAGUCGUGUCUAAAGUUGUUGGACCCAACACGUACGACUACAACUACGGUAUCAUCCGUCAAGAAGGAGAGAUCUUCCCUGACGGCUACCAUUACUUGUACGAGACUGAGAACAAAAUCCUCGCCGAGGAGGCCGGUCGCCUCGAGAAAAUCAAUGAUUCCGUAGGUAUGCGGGCUAAGGGAUUCUUCCAAUACGUCGGCCCCGACGGUGUCACCUACAGGGUAGACUACACCGCCGACGAGAACGGUUUCGUGCCAUCUGGCGCCCAUUUGCCCUAGUGAGUCUAGUCUUUAUGAUAAAAAUUGUUACAUAUGUACCUUAUAGGCUAAAACUUUUAGUUCUGGAGCCAUU